UUGUUAUGAGUACCAGUGCCUCCUCUGAAUUCAUCUGAUUCGUAUCUUGGUCCGUCAAUUCCUCGGGGAGGAAUAUCUAAAUCAUGCAGUCCAUCUCACCGGUGUUUUCGUCUGCCACGGACAAGGAUAAGAAGUACUCGCCACCAUGGGCUGAUUUGAGCAUUAUUGGUAUUGCGGGCAGCUCAGGGUCUGGCAAGACUUCGGUGGCAAUGGAGAUUGUCAAGUCACUGAAUCUGCCAUGGGUGGUGAUUCUCGUAAUGGACUCCUUCUAUAAAAGCUUAACUCCAGAGGAGCAUGCCAGAGCCCAUGCCAAUGAUUAUGACUUCGACUGUCCCGAGUCGUUAGAUUUCGAUGUCUUGGUGCAGACCCUGCGGGAUUUGAAGCAAGGAAAGAAGGCAGACAUUCCUGUAUAUUCGUUUGCCAAACACCAACGUGAGCCCCAGACAACGACACUUUACUCCCCGCACGUGAUCAUCUUGGAGGGUAUCUUGGCUUUGCAUGACCCGCGCAUCAUGGAACUGUUGGAUGUCAAGAUCUUCGUAGAGGCCGAUAUGGACAUUUGUCUGGGACGCAGAAUCAUGCGUGAUGUCCGUGAGCGCGGAAGAGACAUCGAGGGAAUCAUCAAGCAGUGGUUCACCUAUGUCAAGCCCUCUUACAAGAAAUAUGUCGAACCUCAACGAGCAGUAUCAGAUCUCAUCAUCCCUCGUGGAAUCGAGAACAGAACCGCUAUCGACAUGGUUGUGAAACACAUUCAAGGCAAUCUGGAAGAGAAGUCCGAGAAGCACAGUGCAGAACUCACUCGUCUCGGUCUCCUUGCCUCGGAGGAGAAACUGUCUCCCAACGUUGUCGUCAUGCAUGAAACACCACAAUUCAUCGGCAUGAACACGAUCCUGCAAGAUCCUGCAACAGAGCAGGUCGACUUUGUGUUCUACUUCGACCGCCUUGCUGCCCUACUGAUCGAGAAAGCCUUGGAUGUGACCAACUAUAUCCCCAAGGAAGUGCAUACUCCACACGACAACUCCUACCAAGGCUUGAAUCAAGCCGGCACGGUUUCCGCCGUCGCCAUCUUGCGGGGCGGAUCCUGCCUCGAGACCGCCCUCAAGCGCACCAUUCCCGACUGCAUCACCGGUCGUGUACUUAUCCAGACAAAUGAAAAGAACGAAGAGCCAGAGCUCCACUACCUCAAGCUGCCUCCCGGGAUUGAGGAGCACGAGAAUGUCAUGCUUCUGGACCCGCAAAUGUCGAGCGGAGGUGCUGCCCUGAUGGCCGUCCGCGUGCUGAUCGACCACGGCGUGCGCGAAGAGCGGAUUGUGUUCGUCACCUGUGCGGCCGGUAAGAUUGGUCUCAAGCGACUCAGCGCCGUCUAUCCCAAUGUUCGGGUGGUUGUCGGGCGGAUUGAAGAGGAACGCGAGCCGCGCUGGAUCGAGAAGAGGUAUUUCGGCUGCUGAAAGAACGGAAAAGUAUAUAUCACCACUGAGAGGAUCACUUUAUUCGGCUUACCACCCAUACAUAAUGUUCUAUAUAUGUGCAUAGUAGUACCAAUAAUGACGAGAUACAUGAG